GGAAGGGAAGGCGGGGAGAGAGCAGGCGGGUGGGUGACUCGCCGUGGGGCUGUGGGUGGGGUGGCGGUCGCAGCUGUGGCUUUCCCGUUUGGGCUGGAGAGAGAGCGAGGGACUCAUCCGCCCCUGCGAAUCCCGUCCAGGGCCCAAGGCGGAAGUUGCCCCGAGCGGCUCGCCUCUGGCCGGAGGAGAGGCGGCCCUGGGAGCCGGCGUCCCGCCCCCGGCGGCCUCCUUCCCCGGCCCUCCUCCCGGGCUGCGCGCGGGCGGUUCCAGCUCUGUCUCGGGGGCUGCGGCGGGAACCGCCGAGCGGGCUUUACGGGACCCUCCCACUGAGGACCGGCUGGAGGAGAAGAGGGAACGCGGCGGGUCAGUCCGUCAGCCCAGAGGUCAGGCCGCGGGUCCCUGUCCGUGGUCCGUCCUUCGGCCAGCCCUCUUGGCUAGAGUCCGCGACCUCCCCACGCUGCUUCUGCUUCUUCUUUGAGCAUGCCAUCAGAUCCUCUGGCAGGGUGAUUUUUUCCUCCUUGCUUUUGCCCGGAAGGAGAUAUAUAUUCAAAGGAUCUUUGUCCUCAAAGCUACCCCUCUCCUCUUAAAAGUUUUCCUUCAGGGGAAUGCUUGUAUUCCUUCCCUGGACCAUUUGAUGGUUCCUACUCCGGCCGCCGUCUGAUUUGGCACCUGGGAUCACCUUCAGAUCAAAUCUUAAAUCUUAUCACUUACAAAACUACUCUACCGAGUUAUUCUCUCCUGCCCCAGAAGGGCAAAUGGACUUUGGAGUUAAGAUGCAGGGAGGUGAACCAGUGUCAGCAAUGAAAGUCUCAGAGAGCGAAGGAAGGCUGGAGGGCCUGGCCACCGCGGUGACCCCGAACAAGAACAGCAGCAACAGCAGCUGUGGGGGUGGAAUCAGCAGCAGCAGCAGCAGCAGCAGCCGAGGUGGCAGUGCCAAAGGCUGGCAGUACAGUGAUCACAUGGAAAAUGUGUGUGGCUACUUAAUGAAGUACACCAACCUUGUCACUGGGUGGCAGUACAGGUUUUUUGUUUUAAACAAUGAAGCUGGGCUAUUGGAGUACUUUGUGAAUGAACAGUCUAGAAAUCAAAAACCCAGAGGUACUUUGCAGCUUGCAGGAGCUGUAAUAUCACCCAGUGAUGAGGACUCUCACACCUUCACUGUAAAUGCUGCCAGUGGGGAACAGUAUAAACUCAGAGCCACAGAUGCUAAAGAGCGACAACAUUGGGUUAGCAGACUUCAGAUAUGUACACAACACCACACUGAAGCUAUUGGCAAGAAUAAUCCUCCUCUGAAAUCACGGAGCUUCUCACUUGCAUCUAGUGGUAAUUCUCCUAUAUCCCAGAGGAGACCAAGCCAAAAUGCCAUUUCCUUUUUUAAUGUUGGACAUUCCAAACUACAAUCAGUGAGCAAAAGAGCUAACUUACCUCCAGACCAUCUUGUGGAAGUCAGAGAAAUGAUGUCUCAUGCUGAAGGACAACAAAGAGACUUAAUUAGACGAAUUGAAUGCCUUCCUGCUUCUGGCCACCUUAGUUCCUUGGACCAGGAUCUCUUAAUGCUCAAGGCUACUUCCAUGGCAACUAUGAACUGCUUAAAUGACUGCUUUCAUAUUCUCCAGUUGCAGCAUGCAUCACAUCAGAAAGGCUCAUUGCCUUCAGGAACGACAAUCGAGUGGUUAGAACCAAAGAUACCUUUAUCAAACCACUAUAAAAAUGGAGCUGACCAGCCCUUUGCAACUGAGCAGAGUAAGCCAGUGGCAGUCCCAGAGGAGCAGUGUGUUGCAGAAUCUGGACUAUUAGCAAGGGAACCUGAAGAAAUAAAUGCAGAUGAUGAGGUGGAGGACGCUUGUGACAACAAGGAGGAUGACCUAGGAGCUGUGGAAGAGCAACGCAGUGUUAUCCUCCAUCUCUUGUCACAGCUCAAGCUGGGCAUGGAUUUAACAAGAGUGGUGCUUCCUACAUUUAUCCUAGAGAAGCGUUCCUUGCUGGAAAUGUAUGCAGACUUUAUGUCUCAUCCAGACCUAUUUGUAGCCAUCACCAAUGGAGCUACAGCUGAGGACAGAAUGAUUCGUUUUGUUGAGUACUACCUUACCUCAUUUCAUGAAGGCCGUAAGGGAGCCAUUGCUAAGAAACCGUACAAUCCUAUCAUUGGAGAAACAUUUCACUGUUCCUGGAGGAUGCCAAAAAGCGAGGUAGCAUCCAGUGGUAUUAGCAGCUCUUCCACCCAGGCUGUUGCAAAUCAUGCUCCUCCAUCAGAGGAGGCUUUGAGCCAGGUUGGAUCAGACUGUUAUACAGUCAGAUUUGUUGCUGAGCAGGUUUCCCAUCAUCCUCCAGUCUCCGGAUUUUAUGCAGAAUGUGCAGAAAGGAAGAUGUGUGUAAAUGCACACGUGUGGACUAAGAGUAAAUUCUUAGGCAUGUCGAUAGGCGUGACGAUGGUUGGAGAAGGUAUCCUCAGUCUACUGGAGCAUGGAGAAGAGUAUACAUUUUCUCUACCUUGUGCAUAUGCCCGGUCAAUUUUAACUGUUCCUUGGGUAGAACUAGGUGGCAAAGUCAGUGUCAACUGUGCAAAAACUGGGUAUUCAGCCAGCAUCACUUUUCAUACUAAGCCUUUUUAUGGUGGCAAACUGCACCGGGUUACAGGUGAAGUAAAGCACAACAUCACCAACACUGUUGUAUGCAGAGUACAAGGGGAAUGGAAUAGCGUUCUUGAGUUCACUUACAGCAAUGGGGAGACAAAGUAUGUGGACUUGACUAAAUUGGCAGUGACGAAGAAAAGAGUAAGACCUCUGGAGAAGCAGGACCCAUUUGAAUCCAGGCGAUUGUGGAAAAAUGUGACAGACUCUCUGAGGGAAUGCGAAAUCGAUAAGGCCACAGAGCAUAAACGUACCCUGGAAGAACGCCAGAGGACUGAAGAAAGGCAUCGUACUGAAACAGGCACACCUUGGAAAACCAAGUAUUUUAUUAAAGAGGGAGAUGGCUGGGUUUAUCACAAACCCCUUUGGAAAAUAAUUCCAACAACACAACCAGCAGAGUGACACACACUAUCUAAGACUCGACCAAAUGAACUUCUCGGUUUACCCUAACCCUCCCAGAAUGGAGUCAUUGCACUGAGUGACCUGCUUCCUGAUUGCACAGACUGAAACUAACUAAACAUGAAUGUACCGAUUAGGGCACCAUAGAACUGCGGCAGACCAAAGUGUCAGAGGAGCACGAUGGACCUCUCACCAAGCUGUCAUGUGAUGCGAGCAAUAGCAUCUUCAAACCUUUCACCUGAAAUAUUAGAUGAUUAAUCUUUUAUCCAGUUCCUGCUCCGAAAGCUUUGAAUCCCCUGUUUUUUGCAUGGGGGCAGCAGAUAAACACAACAAUGAGAACUCAGUGAUUCUGAUUUCUUUAUAGUGAAAAGUGAAAUCUCUUUCAGAGUUUGUGCUUUCCUUUCUAUCAAUAAGUGAAGUAUUCACUACUCUUACAACAAACCAAGAGGAGGAAGAAGAUGACCCAGAAGUGGCUUCAGCCAUUGUGCCUGAAAUCAGUGUUAAAAAAAAAUCAACCAGGUUGUCGUAACAAGGCAUUCUGUUCCUUCAAAGAGACUGUGUGCCUGUGUCUGAGGAACUUAUCCGCUAUCCACCUCUGUUGGAACUCUCUUUUAAAAAGUAUAUUUAUAAAUUGAUUAGAGUUAUAACCAUGGAGAAUUUUUUCUUCUGAGCAUUUUAAUAUACUUGAAAACAACAUUGACUUGAAAAAUUUCAGAACAUUUUUCAGUACCAAGUUUUAUUAAAUAUUACACUUGAGAGACAGUUUUUUAAAAUGUGUUCAUGUCAAUGUGAUGAGAUUUUGGCCUUUCUCAAGAACUGAGGCAUUAAAGAACAUAGCAGACAUUAAAAAAUAAAACUGUUACUGUUUUCCUUACCUUUUUUCCACUUGUAGAUUAAUAUCCAGUAUUAUGUGCUAUCCCUCUGGAUAGGUAUGGUUUAUCUUACCUCCGUUCACUCAAAAUUUAAAACAACUAUUCAUAUUUGUCAGUAAUUCAGAAGUUACAUAUGUGACUGAGUGCAUGUAUGGUGUGGUUUUAUUUUCUUUUCAAGGAAAUUCAAAUGCUGAAGAAAGAAUAUGAAAUAAAAAGAUAUCAGGAAAAAAGAUACCAGGAAGUUGUAUUCAGGUACAAAGUUUUUUUUUUUUUUUAAAUAAGUAUUUUAUUGAGGUUGAAGAAUUGCUGGCAAUGAAAAGAAUAGUGCUGAUAAUGGCUUUCAUCAUUCAUUCAAGUAUUUAUUGAGCACCUACUCACGGUGCUCAACACUUGUUACUGCAAGCUACCUUAAUUUUCCAAGAGUGGUGCCUUACUCUGUUUCUUCUGAUGUGGUCUUCCAAUCAGUGUGUGUAAUAUAGACCUGUUACUCAUCAGCCAUUGUAGGUGGGUGUAUCUGUUGCAUCAUCACAAGAAGUUUAAGCUUUGUGCUCUGAUAAAUUGUGUUUUAUUGAAGGGGGUUGAUAGGAUCAAAACAGCAAAACAAUAAUCUUUUUCAAAAAAUUGUAAAUUAUAAGAAAAUAAUUGGUUUAUGUACAACCAUUUUAAUGAUUCCCUUGUUCAUUUUUUGCUGUGAAAUGCACUGAAAAAUCUCAAAAUGACUUAUAGUUCAUGUGUUGGGAAGAUUAAAAAUAAUAAAACUAGAGAACAAUGA